UGGAGAGAGCGCGAGGAUGCUGAGAGAGACGCCCGUGAGAGGACGAACAGGUCGCACGGAUGUAAGAGACGGUGAUGGUUACUUCAAACUCACAACGGGAUGGGUCUCUUCUUCAAAGCCGCAAACAAAUGAGCUGUAAGAGGAAUUGCGCGGAAAAGAAAAAGAUGCGAACGGGAUUAAAAUAAGAACACAAGGCAAGAAGAAACAGAGUCGGACCUGCAAUUAACUUACAGUGAAAUUAAAAAGAGAAUAUUCGCGAAGACGCGCGUGGACGAUUUAUUGGAUAGCAGACCGUUUUCUAAAUCAAUAUGCAUAACUUAAGCGUUGCAAGCGAAGUGGACACUUACAUUGACAAUGGUUUUAUAUCCUCUGGGAAUUCUACAAGUCGCUAUUCUCCGGCCACCAUUAUAGGACUCGCGGGGCUGGUGAGCUUCCUCAUCUUGUUUACAAUAGUGGGGAAUGUGCUGGUCGUUAUCGCCGUUUUAACGAGCAGAGCGCUCAAGCCACCACAAAACCUUUUUCUUGUGUCUUUGGCCAGUGCGGACAUUCUGGUGGCCACCCUGAUAAUCCCUUUCUCUCUGGCCAAUGAAUUAAUGGGCUACUGGUUUUUUGGGAAAGUGUGGUGUGAUAUAUAUCUAGCACUAGAUGUUCUUUUCUGCACAUCAUCUAUUGUUCACCUGUGUGCCAUAAGUCUGGACAGGUAUUGGUCUGUAACACAGGCGGUCGAGUAUAACUUAAAGCGGACACCUCGCAGGGUAAAGGGCAUGAUUGUGGUGGUAUGGUUGAUCGCGGCUGUAAUCUCCUUCCCACCGCUCAUCUCCAUGGACCGGAAUAACGAGGGUGACAGACGCGAACCACAAUGCCAGCUGAAUGACCACACGUGGUACAUCCUGUACUCCAGCAUCGGUUCAUUCUUUGCCCCGUGUGUCAUUAUGAUCCUUGUUUACAUCCGAAUCUACCAGGUGGCUAAGAAAAGAACCCGAAAUAUGUCUGAAAAGCGCCGUGAUCCGGAUGGAGGAUCAGGAACACCACGUCUGGAGAACGGCUUGAGCCGUGAGGAUUCCAGGCGGGAAAAUGGGCACUGUGCCUCGCCACCACCAGGUGAGGAUGACCCAGAUGCCGAACUGGAGGACAGUAGCUCAUCUGAUGAGAAGGCCAAACGGACACAAAACGAGAUGGUGCCCUCACGAAAAGACCGCCGAUCCAGCCGCAAGAACAGCUCCAGUUCCAAGCAUUCCAGCCGAAAGUCCCGAGCCAGCAACAAGUCCCUAGACUUGUUUUCUUCCCGCAGAAAAAGGAGGAACACCAUUUCGAGAAAAAAAAUUUCCCAGGCACGAGAGAAGCGGUUCACCUUUGUGCUGGCAGUGGUCAUGGGGGUGUUCGUGGUCUGCUGGUUUCCGUUCUUCUUCAGCUACAGCCUGUAUGGGAUCUGCCGGGAGCCCUGCGCCAUCCAUGAGACCCUUUUCAAGUUUUUCUUCUGGAUUGGUUACUGCAACAGCUCCCUCAACCCUGUCAUCUACACCAUCUUCAACCAGGACUUCCGGCGAGCUUUUCAGAAGAUCCUGUGCAAGUCCUGGAAGAGAUCUUUUUAG